GGAGUGCGGGCCCACCCGGCAUGAUGACCCCAACAGGGUGGGCAGUGCAGAAGAGAAGGCAGUCAACGCCUUCGGGGGUCACUGGACCAAGACAACUAUCUCGGACUGGCAUUUCCUUUACCCUUCCCAGGAGGGAACUUUCCCGGACUUGACGUUAACACCAUUUUGUAAACCUUACAGGUUGAGGCUCACUCACAGUGCGCACCUCAGAGAUACCAGCUGGUACCCAGUUCGCGUGGAUUGCGAAGACCUUCUGGACUGGCCGUUUCAAAGGAAAGAUCCGUCCAACCAUGAGCGCCAAGACUGCCAUCAGUUCAGCCGUCCUCUUCGCCAGUCUCCUGACCAUCGCCCAGGCGUGGCUCGUCCCCCAGCCGCAACAGAACGUCUGGGCUGUCUUGGCCAAAUCACUGGGCCAAGACCACAUAUGUCUCAACCAAGCGAGUGCCGCGAAUCCCAUGGCAUCCUGCCUCGUGGGGAUCCCAUUUAAAGAUCGUGAGAUGCCCAAGAUGCUUCUAGGUUAUGCUCAAAAACUUAGACAAGAAGCUGCUAAAAUGGAGCAUAACCUAAAGCAUGCCCAUUACAUCGUCGCGUGGUACAAUUAUAUUAAAAGUCUUCCAAAGUUAGAAAACGAGCCUCAGGAGCUGGAGCUUCUAGGUUCCGCCAGAGCCGAAUCUUGUUUUCAUAUCCGCAACGACCACGUCCAGCGUCACCACCGUCAUUUUGUCUCCUCCAAAGCCCAUUUUAAUACUCAUUGGUGCAACGCUGUGUCCUUUAGUUAUCCUCCAAUCCCUCCCCAAAAAUCAGCCCAAGUCUUUGCCCAUCCCCGCCAGCUUCCUAGGGGAACAUUCUUGAUUUGCGGAGACCACGCGUGGGCAGGUAUCCCCUCUCACCUCUCCGGAGGCCCGUGCACCUUUGGGACCCUCGGAUUGUUUUCACCCAACAAAUCACAAAUUUUGGAUUGGGUUACACAAAAUUCUACAAAUGGUGCACAUCUAUUGGCACACUCUAGAAGGAAGAGAGAAGACUACUCUCUCAAAAAAUUGGCAGACAAUUGCGAUGAGGAAAUUAUCCAUUGGAGCAGAUCUAAAGGCAUCGCAAUCACAGUAUUUGCGCCGUGGGUCGCCAUUGCUAAGACCCUCGGAGAAUUAGGCCAUUUGGAAUGUUGGGUAGCUAAGCAAUCCCGUUUGACUUCUAGGGCCCUAUCAAACCUCCUGAAAGAUGAGGAAAUUACGAGGCAGGCAACCCUCCAGAAUCGUGCAGCCAUCGACUACCUCCUGCUCCUCCACGGUCACUCGUGUGAGGAGUUUGAGGGGCUCUGCUGCUUUAAUUUGACAUCUAGGGCCAAGGGGACUCGCGAGGCACUCAAACAAAUGGAAAACAUGAUAGGAGACAUCAAGCAAGAAUACGGGGACUGGCUCAGUAAUUUGUUCAAGGGAUGGGGGAUCUCGGGUUGGACGGGAUCGAUUCUUAGAACUGUUCUGUUAAUUGUUUUUGUGCUUUUUGUUGCUAUUGCCAGCCUUGGACUAAUGAAAAAGAUGUUGCAGAAUUUGAUUUCUUCCUCCACAUCACCACUCAAAGCUGAAGUCCACCGAGUAGCCGUUGAAGUAGGCCCAGAAGUGUUCAAGGAGGAGGAGGAAAGCUUCGUUGAUGAGGACGAGCAGGCUGAACAGCUUGAAAUCAUCGUGGAAGAAGUGCGCAGCUUUCCUCGAGAACAAUGGCCUACUCAACAGCAGUGGUUUGCAGAAUCAUACCCACGUUCUGAACACCUGGUAGACCCCCCUCAAUUCGGAUAUCUGAGAUAGAACUCACAGGGUCAAAAAUAAAAGAAAAGGGGGAGAUGUGGUGGUGUGGAUGGUUGGACUUUCCCCAUUUCAGUAUGUUAAACCUCAGUUGGACUCCACAAAGAAAGUUGGGACAGUGUAAGCAGGAACAAGCAGGUGCUGUGAAGGACUGUGACAAGGGAAAGAAGGAUAUAGGAAAGAGGGUUUUGAGGCAGAGAGAAGUUGAAAGAUACAUGGGUGGUUUACCAAGUAGGAAGGAUUUAGAUAUGUGGAAAAGAUGAAAGGCUGGUGGGUCCUAUAUUGUAUGUUCUGUACAAUGUUGUAUGUUCUGUACACCCCCCCUUAAUUGAAAUUCAUAAGUUCCCCUUGGUCACAUGUUACCUUUUCCCCUUUUCCCGCCACUGUGUUAUCCCUCCCCUAUCCCCUAAUUGGUUCAAGGCUUGCAACCCUUCCCCUUAUCUCCCAAGUGUCAAGGUUCCAUUGGUUGCCGCAAAGAGGGACUCCCAUUUCUCCUCCCCUACCCCGAAAGCAUAUAAGCUGGUGCAUUUCUUUGUUCGGGAUCCAGUUCCAGUUCAGCCUGGUUCCACUUCGGUCUGGACAGUGCUAUGUUGGAUUAAAGUUGUGGUUCCUCUGUC